AAGAGGCUUUGUCCGGAUCCGAGGUCUUUCUGUGAGGGUGUUUCGACGCGCUGGGCGGUUUGUGCCUUCAUCGCAUUCGUUAACAGGUCAAAAUGCAAAUCUUCCUGAAGACCCUGACCGGCAAGACCAUCACCCUGGAGGUGGAGCCCAGUGACACCAUCGAGAACGUGAAGGCCAAGAUCCAGGAUAAGGAGGGCAUCCCCCCUGACCAGCAGAGGCUCAUCUUUGCUGGCAAGCAGCUGGAAGAUGGCCGCACCCUCUCUGACUACAACAUCCAGAAAAAGUCAACCCUGCAACUGGUCCUCCGCCUGAGGGUUGACUAUUAAUUCUUCAGUCUGCAUUCCCGGAAGGCACUGAUGGCAUUGCUCUGCACUCUAGCCAUU